CGUCGGCUCCACGCCUAAUCCAUAAGAGGGAGGCGAGCGGACGACGGAGUUAAUUGCCUAACUGCUCCCGCUCCCCCCUUUCGUUCGGCUCAUUUUUGCCCGAUCGCUGGAGUGGUGUGGAAGAGGAGCGGGAGGAUGCAGCAAUGGCGGUCGGAGAGCGGCGCCAUGACCUUCGACGAGGUCUCCAUGGAGAGGAGCAAGACCUUCGUCAAGGCUCUGCAGGAACUCAAGAACCUGAGACCACAGCUCUACUCUGCUGCUGAGUAUUGUGAAAAGUCUUACCUUCAUGGUGAACAGAAACAGAUGGUAUUGGAUAAUCUAAAGAAUUAUGCUGUUCGAGCCCUUGUGAAUGCCAUAGAUCAUCUCGGUACAGUUGCUUACAAACUGACAGACCUGUUUGAACAACAAAUGCUUGAUAUAUCAACCAUAGAAAUGAAGAUUUCAUCUUUAAAUGAGCGAACUUUUACUUGCCAAGCUUAUGUUGAUAAAGAAGGUCUUAAUCAGCUUCAAAUGUCAGCAAGAACUUCGAGACAUCACAAGCAUUACAUUUUACCAGAUUCUGUCGGUAACGAUGUGCAGAAUAAAUCACAUAUACCAGCUGAUGGCAAUGUGAAUCCUAUUCAAGCAAAAUCUCAUUCUCAUGCUCCAGGAAAAUCCACAUCAAAAACUCUUUCGUGGCACCUAGCUUCAGAAGUUAAUUCUGCAUCAAAUGGAUCUCCCCUUACAGCACCAUGCACUCAGGACGCUAAAACCCCUAAAGUGAAUUCUGAAGUCUUCCACCUUUUAGUUGCAGAAGAGCCUGCUCCAUCACUGCCCUUAUCAAGUCAUCCUCGGGCAUCUAACGGAAAUGUGACUUUUGAUAUGACUUCAGACAAAUUUGGCUCGAUGGAUCCUUUGGGGGCUUCAAAGCCAUCAACAUCCAAAACCUUUGGCAGUCUCAGUAAGCUUGAGAUAUAUAGGCCUCAUUCUCGCAGUAAGAGCAUGCUUUCAGCAUUUUUCACCAAAAACAAAACCUUCAAAACAAGAAAGGUUUCAGUCCCCUGAUGGAUUUCAUUCUGAUCAAAGGUUCUGUUUCCCAGAACAACUUGUUGCACUGUUAUUUUUUGCCGAAGCCCUGUAUCUUGGUGACAUAGCCAGGAAAUAUAUAUUUGGUAAUUGUCCUCCACCUGCUGGAUGUAUUCCCUUCCAGCUGAUCAUAUUGUCUGUCUACCUAAAAGACUUUCCAACAUUAAAGUUGAUAUCAAGUGUUACCGUUUGAUGAGUGUA